UUAAAGGUGUCAUGGCUCUUCUCAGGCUCUCACCUCGGGCCUUCCUCCCUUCCCGUCGUGCACCAUGCCAGCCCCCCAGCAUUCGAUAAUCCAACUCUCCCCGUCUUCCCAGAUCUUCGUAGAUAAUCGGGCGACCACACUGGGUGCUUGGGUGAUCGCUGGGUUCUUUGACGCUAUACUUCUGGGUGUAGUUCUGUGUCAAACUUCGAGCUUCUUCAAAUCCUACCGAAACCAGUCUGGGAUUGGCAGGCAUUAUCGUUGGCUGGUCCUCGUGGUGGUUUUCUUGUGUGUAUUGAAGACCUCGCAGGCCAUUGGCAUCGUCUGGGUCCAAAACGUGCAUGAUUUCGCGAACCCCGAUGUCGCACAAACGCUUGUCGCCAAAGCGUGGUAUCAAGUGAGCGCCCCGACGAUGGCAAGUCCGACCGGCAUCAUUGCCGUGAUCGUCCAAAGCUUCUUCACGAUGCGGUUCUACAUGCUUCUUCGAAAUCUCUGGGCGUGCAUCCCCAUCGUCAUCUCGAUGAUGCUCAGCUUCGCCGGUGUCUGCCUCUCGCUGAACUCGAUUGUGAUCGGCGACGCUAAAGCUAAAGUGAUGUGGCUCUUGGUCCACCUCGUCUGCACUUUCUGCACCGACUUUAUGAUCACCGUCGGAACUUGUUUGGCACUGCGGAAUCGGAACUCCGGUGGACUGGCAUCGACGGCCAGUCUCAUCAACAGGUUGCUGCGCCUCGUUUUUGAGAGUGCCAUCCCGCCUACGAUCGCUGCGGGUAUCGAUUUGAUUAUGACCCAGACACUCGGGCAAAAACAUUUGCUUUGGCAUCUUGUCUUCAACUUCGCGCUCAGCAAGCUCUACGCAAUCAGUCUGCUAUACACACUCAACUGCAUCAACGAGUACCGCAAAACACAGGCGAUGAGCGGUGGGCUGAGCUCGUCGGGCUCGCGCGGUGUCUCGCACGGGCGCUCAGUCAAGCGAGGUGACGUUGAAUUGGGAAAUCUGCGUAAAACAGAACAGGUCUUCGUCCAGACACAGAUCGUCACCCACAUCUCGCCAUCACAGGGCAGCAUCGAGGAGCAGGGACGCGUCAUAGACUCUGAAGAAGACGCGAAGAAAUCGGGGUGGCAGCCAGAGUGGAAGUGAUGGGUGAAAUAUCGCCCUUCGACGUUUCAAAAUUCGUUCUCUGUUAGUGCCUAUCUAUCUAGAGAUUCUUUACUUUCCUUUAACUGGUGGACUAAAUGCGACCGUAUAGACGGAAAAAUGUAUCUUAGCUGUAGCCAUGGGCCGUGUUUCACUACAAACGUACUUUCCUUGCAAAAAUCAAAUGAUGUUGCUAAUGUCACGCGCACGUGUACCCCCGGCUUGUGACGUUUGGCGUCCGUGACAUUCAACACUCAGUGGUUCUUACCGCCAUCCCCGUGUCGUAGACUUGGGGGCCACGCUCGCCGGCCCGUAUCUCACCUUGAUUCUUGCUUACAUCAUUUCACGCUCGGACAUCUCUAUCCUAUUCCCAUGGCCUCGUCCCAGCUUUGCCAUUGCCCAAUCUGCCUUUCGGAUUUGCCCAUGAACCUCAUGCGGCGCCUUGCUUGCGGUGCGCCGCAGUCCGCAAGUUGCGCUCCAUAAUCAAUGACACGAAAUUCUCAGGCCAUUGCUUCUGCAAAGUAUGUCUGGGUCAACUGCAGCGUGCGAGCCGGCGGAGCUGUCCUGAAUGUCGACAUCCCAUCGGGGUGAACGAUCCUCAGCCAAUAUAUCUCCGACUCGCGGAUUAUCAAUCGCCUCUCGAACGUAUAACAUCUGGAAUCGGGAGAAUGGACGAUACGGUACCGGUGAAAAG